AUGUCUGUACGAAAUAGUAAAGUAGAGAUAAAUGGAUGGGCAACAUUUGAUGUACCAAAUCAAUUUGAAGAUCUUCAAAAACAACUUGCUACAGCUGAUGAUCGACGUUUUCAUUUAAAUAUUAUUAAAAUGCUUUCAUCUCUUCUUGAUGAAUAUAUUAUUCGAUUUGAUAAUGAUCAAUCAAAUAAAUCAUUAGAUUUUGAUAUGCUUGCACCAAAAAAAGGUAAAAAAGUUAAAGAAGCAGAAAAUAGUGGAAAAUCUACUUUAACAUUUGAUGCAUUAAGAGAUAAAUGUUUAAAAGGUCUUUGUGAUAUUUUUCGAUCACAUAUUAAACCAUAUUGGGAUUCAUCAAUAAUCGAUGAACAAUUUAUCAAUAAUUCAAGUUUACUUAUUACUGUUCUUAAUUCACUUUUGACUGAUUAUCAAGAUACAUCAUUAUCUAUUGAAUUAUUAAAAGAAAUUUGUGAAACAAAUUUUGUUGCAGCAUAA